ACAUGACAAUCUCACUUGACGCUAAUUAAAAAGAUAAACGGUUGCCUAGCAACAAACAAAGCUGAGUUUUGAAAGGACGCGCAAUUUUGUAGAUGUUUACGUGAAUUUCUUUAAAAAAGUUGUGAACAAUGUCAGAGUCAACCAGGUCUGGUGGGUCGUACCAGCAGUGCCCGUGCACAGACGACAGUUCCAGCUCCUCACCGCUGCUGUCGCCAAGCUGCGUGUGUCCCAGAGAUGAGCACGAGAUCGUAGUACACGAGGAGACCUGUCUGCUCUUCAAGAAUGAGAAGAUCAUAUUUCCGCAUGAGCCCCACGUUUGCGAAUGCAAUGACGAGCCUCAGUUCGAAGACGGCAUCUGCAAGUGCUGUGCGUGCCCGGUGGACCAGUGCCGGUGCAAGAAGGCCGGACGGGAGGUGUUUGAUGAAUGGCGCAGCAAGCGCGACAUCGGCGCCAUGCCGGCGGUGCUGGAGUCCACACACCCGCUCAUGCAGCGCUUCCAGAUGACCCUCAAGCACUUUCUCGAGAAGGAGAACCAGAUCGCUGAGGAGGAGAUACUGAAUCUGAAAGAAGAACUCCGUCUUAGUAAACUGGGCUAUGAUAGAGAUCUGGAAGCCAUAUACCGCAGCGAUCACGACACUAAUGCACAAAGGGCGUUGAUAGGCGAAUAUGAAACCACACUGACCCAAAAGACGAAGGACAGGCAGGCCGCGGAAGAGAGAGCGCGCGAGGCUAACGAGAAAUACAAGCGCGCCAAAGAAAAGCUGGAGCAGGACAUUGUUACAGAAAGCGAAGCCACCGAAGAGCUGGAAGCUCUCACAACCCUAUGCCGCCAGCUGGAAGAAUGGCGCGAGGAGACGGAGUCGGACCUCACCGUCAGCCAGCGCAUGUCCGACAAGAUGCGAGCUGAGAAACGCGCGUUAGCUGACGAGAAGAGGCAACUGGAUAUGAUCAUUUACGGUCUCAGCAAUGAAGUAUGGAAGUUGGAGUCGAAGCUGGAAAUGUUCCAAAAACAGCUGGAAAUCAAAAACGUCGAGAUGGAGAAAGUGAAUGAUAAGGUGACAGCAUACGCUGCGGAGCUGGAAGACUUGGAACUGGAUAAGAAAAGGCUGGUGAGCCUCUGGAACUCUGUGUUGGUGAAUAUACAACAGCGGGACAAAGUAUACGAUUCUGUAAGAGACGAUUACAAAAUACUACAAGAGAACUACCGUACUUUGCUGAACAACCUGGAGAUCACGAAGAAGGUGGUGAUGGAGGAGAUGAACCGCGGCAAGGAGCUUGCCAUGAACAAGGACAAACUCAUCUACGACAUCGAACACGCCACCAAGCUGUAUGAUACAGAAGAUACAAAAAGAACGACUCUAGAAACUCAGAUCGGUGAACUAGGCGAAUCCAUUGAAAUGACUGAAAGAGACCAAGAAAUGAUCAAAUCGGAGAACCAAACAAUGCUCAAUAUACUGAAGAGCACGGACAAAGAGGUCGAUCGUAAGACAGAGUACAGACUUAAAUUGGAGAAUGAGAUCCUUACGAAUCUCCAGGAGUGUCUGCUAAAUGACAAGGCCGUGGAGUCUAUGGCCAACGGGAUCAAGAAGAUGAGGGAAAUGUCUAGGAAACAGGAAAUAUCCCUAAUGGCUAUGGAGAAUCAACACGCCAAAGUGAUGUUGGACAUAGAAGUCCACCGCAGCAAGCAGGCGCGCAACAACCUUAUCCUCGAGGAGAACCUGGCCAAGGUCCGCCAGAGGGAGAAGGAAAUCGACCAGCUGCAGGAGAAGUACGACCAGAAGGCGCUGCUGGUGACCAGGAAGCAGAGGGAGUUGGACAUCAUCAUCAAGAAGUUCAACGCUCUCAAGGAGAUUUUCGAUAUGAAAUCCCCUCAAGAGCGGCGCAUCGAGGAGUUGGAGCAGCAGAUCAAGAGCCUGCGCGAGCGCACCGAGGGCAUGCAGCACGAGUGGCUGCGGCUGCAGGGCCACGUCGUCAAGCUCACCGCGCACCACCAGAAGAUUAUCGCUGAUAUCAACCUCAUCAACAAACAGAUCCAAAUCUGCGAGCAGAAGACGAUGCGCAUCCAGGCCGAGUGCGAGAACGUGUUGACGGAGCGCGGGCGCGUGGAGCGCUGUCUGCGCUCGCUACGCGGCCGCCUGGAAGUCUUGGAGCGCACGCGCAAGGAUGCGACGGAACGCAACGAAAACGCGCAGAGGUCCACGCAGGCUAUUACGCACGAAUACGUCGCUAAUUUGAAGGAUUCGGAGACGCAAAUAAUUCAAUUGGAAGAGGAGAUUGAGAACAUGGAUAAAGAAAAAGUGAACCUCACACAAGAUUUGGAUCGUGUUCAACGAGAAGCACUGAUUUGGCAGAGAAAGGGAAUAUUAGCGGUGGAACUGAAGAAAAAUAUUCACAACGCCAAGUCGGCGGCAGGUGAAAUUGGGCAAAUGCGCAACGAGAUUCAUCGAAUGGAGGUACGUCGCGAGCAACUCCGCCGUACCGGCGAGAAGCUGGCCGAAGAUCUGGCUUUGUACGUGACGCGGCGUGAGACAGCCAUGGAGAAGACCCGCGCGGCCGCUGCUGUGGAAAAAGCCCACGGCGCCUCCGGGCAAACCUCGCAGUCGGUGUACCAUCACAAGCUGCGACUAGCUAGAGCUGACGUCGCAAGAGUAACCAAGGACUUGGCCGAAGCCAAAACCCACAUGGAGCAUCUGCAGCAAGAGCAGGCGCGGCUAGAACGCGAGGUGACGGACACCGCGGUCACCAACGCGCAGCUCGAGGAAAAUAUUGCCAGCCUGCUGCACGAGUGCCGUGACGCAGAGCGCCAGAAACAAUGGUUGCUAGAGCGCGUCGUGCGAAGCCAACGUCUGGGCAACGAGCUGGCCACCGCCAUCAAACGCCAGUCGGUCAAGGUGAAGAAGCCUAAAUCGGCCGUGCUUACAGAAUACAAUCAGGCCCGGGCCCUCAACGACCGCCUGAAGUUCAUAGUCGAGACCUUACAAAAGGAGUACCCUUACUUGGGAGACAAGUUUGAGAGCAUCAUGAAUACUUUGAAUAUCCACUCGCCCGAUAGCUCGCCCAGACUCACAGAGGAAGCUGGCGAGUGUUCACAGAUGAGCAUUUUGGAAGAAGACGAAGACUCAAAUGUGGCCGAAAAGCCACUGGAGUGCCCGUAAUUUGAUAUAUUUUUUCUCCGUAAUUUAUGUUUUUCUAUAGUGUGUGUUCAGUAGCGAAAUAAAAUUUGUAAUCAACAUAA